GAUAUGCAUUAUUACGCAGAGUGACUAGACAAGAUCUGCGUAUAAAAUAUGGCGUUGUAUCAGUUUCUCACUCAAUUUUCUUCAACGAAGGAGAUGGCGGCAGUGGAACAGCAUGAGAAGGAGAAGGAGAAACUGCAGAAGGGAAUCGCUGAGUUCUACGACGAGUCCUCCACCAUAUGGGAGAACAUUUGGGGCGACCACAUGCACCAUGGCUUCUACGACCCGGAUUCUACCGUUUCGGUUUCGGAUCAUCGUGCUGCUCAGAUCCGAAUGAUCGAAGAGUCGCUUCGUUUCGCCUCGCUUUCUGGUAUUCUUCGUUUUUCGUAACAGUUCUAGUUUCAACUUCAGUCUGUUCAUUCAAACACUGUUAGAUUCCAAAUUCACAACAAAAUUUUAUGCAGAUAGGUGAGAUUAGUUGCGUACAUCACAUUCUUUGAUCUGCUUUGAUUCGAAAACGAAUUUUCUUCAUGAAAUUUGCUCGAUGAUGCCUUCCAAGUCUUUUAGUCCUUUUUUAAAAGAUGAUGUCGUCUACUUUGCUGUUUGUCAUGGCCUUUUUCAUUGUGUCUCCCUUCCACAUGUUUCACGGGGUAUU